CUCUCUCUGAAACACAUACAAACACAAGCUCAAACGUAACAAACAUGUCUGCAGUGAACCAUCUCUUCGAUCUCCCCGAUCAGAUUUGCUAUGUCCAAUGUGGUUUCUGCGCCACCAUAUUACUGGUAAGUGUCCCAUGCAGCAGCUUGUCAAUGUUGGCCGUCACGGUCAGAUGUGGUCACUGCAGUUGCCUCCUAUCUGUCAACAUGAUGAAGGCCUCCUUUGUUCCCCUCCAUCUGUUAGCUUCCCUUACCCAAGAUGAGCAAAGAGAAGAACUCUGCUUAGAAGAAGUGGACAAACAGAACAACAAACCCUUGGACAUGCGCAGCCCAUCCAUGGUGGUUUCCAAUUCUGACAAUGAAGAGGAGGACACAAUCUCUAUGAAUCCCAUUGUUAACAAGCCACCAGAGAAGAGACAACGAGCUCCGUCGGCCUACAACCAUUUUAUCAAAGAAGAGAUCAGGAGGCUUAAAGCUGAGAAUCCAAGCAUGACUCACAAGGAAGCUUUCAGCACAGCUGCAAAAAAUUGGGCCCAGUUCCCUCCAAUUCAGUACAAAGGAGAUGGUCCAGAUGGAGAGAGCUGCACUAGCCAGAGAGAGGAAAAUGUGACAUGGGAUUCUGAUGUUCCUGAGGCCCAUGAAGAUGGCAAAGUUUUCCGCGAGAGAAAGGCCCCAAGGCAUUCCAUAUGGGCAAGGACACCCUUCGAGUGAAUGAGGCUUGACCUAAACUUCUAUAACAAGAAAGCUGUUUCUCUCUCAGGCCGACGAUUUGGGUUCAAGUCACUUGCUAUUUUAGGGUUAGAUUCUCUAGGGAAUGUGGUUUUCGUUUCAGAUUGAACAAGUCUUCACUGACAGAAAGAAGUAGUCUAGCUUUCAAAUGAGCUUACUGAUUGUGAUGGAAUAUUGAUCCAUUUAGUUCAAAGCAGACAAUUUUCUAGUUCUACUCUGUUU